AUGCCCACCCCAGACGACGACUUCAAGGCCGCGCUCGAGAAGAAGGUCGCCGAAAACCAGCGCGACCUGAAGAUAAUCAGCGCCCAGCGGGACGAGCUCCGCACCCUCGGCCCCGGGUCGUGCGUCAUGUGCGUCACGGGCGCCGAGGUGCUCCACCUGCUGCAGGCCAAGCUGGCCGCGUUUGACGCGUCGCGCAGCUGCGCGCACACCCUGGCCGACCUCACGGGCUUCUGCGCACGCCUGCCCCCCGACGUGCUGUACGAUGCCCUCGGCGCUGUGCGUACCGCCGGCUUGUCGGACGUGACGCUCAGAAUGGUGGCUGAGGCGCGCGCGCACGCGGAAAAAGAGCUGCUAGCGGACAACAAGCGCUCCCUAGCCACACUCGACAGCCAGAGGGCGCAGCUCGCACGUCUCGGGGAGGGGGCAUGCGUGCUCUGUCUCACGCUUGCCGAGGUCACUCUACUGCUCGACGCCAAAGUCGCGUCGUUCGACGCGUCGCCCACGUCGGCGGACGCGCGUGCCGCCUUGGAGGACUUUUGUGCAAGACUGCCCAGGCAGCUGCUGCACGACGCGUUGCAGAAGAUACGCACGUACCCCCUUGGCCUGGUCACGCUGCAGGUGCUCCGCGACUGCCAGGGGAAGGCGACGGAGUAG